GCUUGAGCGGUCUAUAUUUCGCCAGUGACAUGCGCCUCAAGCCACGCAAGCUGUCACGGGCGCAUCAGCUUUUGUGAAAAUGGCACAUUUCACCGAGCUAUUCAUUUAGGAAUGGGAUGUAUGUAUUAUCGGUAAAAUCCAUGGCAUCCUUGGCUAUCCUGUUGAAUGGGCUGAACAGCAGCACAGCACAUGGCUUCAACAACACUGGAUUCUUCUAGUGAUCCUCCUCCUAUUCACCGCCAUGUCCAAGUUCCAGCCCAGGCCCGCGCCUCCCCCGGAGGCUGUGCCAGAUGGGGGGUGGGGCUGGGUGGUAGUGGGAUCCCUGUUUGUGAGCUCGGCCCUGGUGUUCGGCCUGAUCCGCAGCCUGGGCGUGUUCUUCGUGGAGUUUGUUCAGUAUUUCGAUGAGAGUGCCCAGGUCAUCUCCUGGAUCACCUCCAUUGGGGUGGCGAUGCAGCAGCUUGUCAGUCCUGUAGGAACAGCUCUGUCUUAUGCCUAUGGCGCCAGGCCUGUGGUGAUGAUGGGAGGGUUCUUGUCUGGAAUGGGCUUCAUCUUGGCUUCACAGGCCACCUGUGUCACACACCUGUACCUCACCAUGGGUGUCAUCUCAGGCUCGGGCUGGGCGCUGAUCUUCACCCCCACCGUCGCGUCGGUCAUGCAGUACUUCACGCGGCGCCGCUCUCUGGCCAUGGCGCUGGGCUUCGCCGGCGUCGGCCUCUCCUCCUUUGCCUUCUCGCCGCUCUUCCAGCUGCUGGUGGACACGUACACCUGGCGGGGAGCCCUGCUCAUCCUGGGGGGGCUCAGCUUCAACAUGGUGGCCUGCGGGGCCCUCAUACGGCCCCCGGGGGGCCCCAAGGUGGUGGAGGUGGUGGAGGCGCAGUCCAACGUCUACUCAUCCGCCUGCUCCUCCGCCCUCUCCAAGGCCUACGCCUACCUGGAGCUCUCCCUCCUCUUCCAGAGGCCCUUCCUCAUCUACAGCCUGGCCAUCACCCUCUUCAACUUCGGCUACUUCGUGCCCUACGUGCACCUGGUGGCCCACAGCCGCCACGAGGGCUUCUCCCAGUACCAGGCCGCCUUCAUCAUCUCCGCCACCGGCGUCACCGACAUCGUGGGCCGCCUGGUGGCCGGCUGGUCGUCGGACCUGGGCCGCCUGCGUCUCCCCCACAUGCUGUGCCUGUGGACGGGGCUGACGGGGCUGUUCCUGCUGCUGGUGCCGCUGGGGUCGCUGGGCGGCUCCUACCCGGGCCUGGUGGUGGUCAGCCUGGCCUACGGGUUCUGCUCGGGCGCCAUGACGCCACUGGUGUUCUCGGUGGUGCCGGAGAUCGUGGGCAUGCGGCGCACGCUGGGCGCCCUGGGCCUGCUGCAGCUCAUCGAGAGCGUGGGCGGGCUCCUGGGGGCGCCUGUGUCAGGUUUGCUGAGGGACAUUACUGGGAACUACACAGCCUCAUUCGUAGUGGCUGGCAUUUCCGUCAUCCUGGGCACCUUGGUGACGACCAUGCUGCCUCGCUUCUUUUCCCGUACGGCCCCGCCUCCUCUGGCGAGCCCGAGGACCCCCGGCCAGGACACGAAAGACGCAGAGUCCGCACUGAUGAAAUCCCCUUCCUCCCUCACAGAGGGGCUCAACCACCUGGACACCCUCCCCUUCACUGAACCACAACUAGACCGCAGCAGUCUCAACCUAGACCGGGAGGACCUGCCUCUGAAGCAGGGCAGGACCGAGGUUGACAACAACUGCUGAUUUCAGCCAUGUCUGACAGAACCUCCAUCAGCCAAUAGUAUCGCUGCCUUGUAUGAUGGGCCCUGUUCCAUUGGGGGGCUUCAGCUUACUGGCGUUGAAGGGAGAUGGUUCUGUCUGUGUUUCAGCUAAUCAGGAAAGCAUGUGACCUGUACACCCGGGGUGCUUUGGGGAAACCUUGACUGAUGCCUUUUCUUUCUGCCUUUCUGUGCCAAGAAGUACUGGAUUCUAAACAUUCCUGUCAGGCACACACCCGCGCUAACACACUCGCACAAACAAACACACACAAAACAGUUUAAAGACAGUAGUGUAAUGUUUUAACUACUGAAGCUAUUAUAUGAAAAUAACAUCUGAAAUGUAACUCAGAGUACUGGACAAAGGGUUGGCUGUUGCACCAAGGAAGUGACUGCAGGGAAUGUGCUGUAAGGCUAAGUUUAUUGCCCUGCUGAGACAGCCUGACGUAUCAUUCAUGUUACGGUUGGGUUACUCUACAUGAAGCCACGUGCGGUAGCUUUGGCCUUUUUGACGAAGGUCACAUACCACAACCAUAGCAUCGUUUCAGUGUCCCUGUAAUGUUUACACACACACGCUUGGGCAGUACGACUCAAAAAACGAACACUGGUCUGGAAAGAUUAACUUGGGAGUUCUACUGCAGCGGUUUACGGAAUGGGACUGUGCCCAUAUUGGUUUUGCUUUUGCGUGUCUUCUCAGGCAACCGUCCCUGAAUGGAGACUGGGAACUGGCUUUACUUCCCGCUCUUUAUCACAGAGGUAUGCCAGGAUGCUGUGUUAGAAGUAGUGUGGUUCAACUGUCUGAUGCUUUUCUUUUUUAAUCAAGGUGCUGGAAUCACAUUCAUGACAAUGGUUACUCUCAGGACAUUAAGAAUCCUCACCACCAUAAUUUUUCUAUUGAUUUUCCAUAAGACGUGGAGUUAUGACGACACAUACACUUUUCUCUUCCUGGUUUGCAGCCAAUCACCGGAGAUCUGUCAUGUGUCAGGCUCCUGACAGACCGGAGAACUUUCACCAAAGGAACUCUUUGCACUGAGUUACUGUUCAGGCUUACCACUGGACUUGCUGUCUAUCCUUAGACUUGGGAAGGUGCGAUGUGGUAUGAAAGGAACAAAUUACUGCUCCAAAGCUCAACUAACAAUACAGAGCAAUGCCAAGUGUCCUUUAUCCACCAUUUCCUAACUUUUUAAUUGGAUUGUUUUGGUUUAUUUUCUAUUUCCAUCAUAACGUAGUGUAUAAAUGACUUUGAUGGCGGAGAAGGAGGUGUGGGAAUGGGGUGGGUGGGCUAUCUGUAGUUCAGAGUGCAGAGGACGGCACUAGGGCACUAGGAUGUCACCUGUCCUCUGCAUGUGGGGCAAAGUGACAGUGACCGACAGUGCAUUCGCUGGGCCUCUGACUCCCUGGGGUGAAUCGUUCACCCCAGGAAUCACUGAUUAUCAACAGAUGGAUUCCUAGCUACACUACGGCCUUGGUGGGGAGAGGAAUCUGGUCUGGUUGUCAUGUCGAGUCAUUGGCCCAAACCCCUCCCACCUCUUUCCAUAGCAGCAAUAGUGAUUAUAGAGGAAAGCAGACUACCUCUUCCCACACGGAUAUCCAUAUAUCACUCUGUGGCCUUAAGGCCCUGGCACUAGCCCCACGCUGGGGAAUACAUGGAGGCAGAGAGAUCCUAAAUCAGCCAUGAGUCCCUGGAACAACCAAGACAGAGAAUAGAACAUCUUGUUCAGCCUGCCAGAGUUCACUGGUUGUUCAUCAGUGUGGUGGACUCUGAUAGGGUAGCCACCCUACUAAGGGCCAAAUGAAAACAGGUCCUGAAGUUAGGUAAAUAGUCACACAUCUCAUCCAACCUCACUCCCAGUGAGGGAAGUAGUGAUUGUAAGCUUAAAGCCUUCAGACGAGGUUAGCAUGUUGUCCUCAUCCAUACCUGUUUUUGUGUUAGCUCUGAUGCUUAUAAGCAUUGAAAACCCAGGUUUGGGGAGUGGGGGCAGUAAAUCCUAGCAUGUGAGCUUUAAUACUCAGUGCCUGUGAAGCAAAGACUUGGGCUUUGUUAAGCAUUUCUCUCUCUGUUUCUCUCUGAGAGAAGACCAUAUCCAUGGAAAUAAAAAAAACUGGGGUCAACAAACGAGCCCAAACAUUUCUUAAUACGCCAAGGGAUAAUGCUUGCAGUACAAUCUUUCCUGACCAAAAACAAUCACUGAAUAUUGUAGGAUCAGUAGACAUUUCACAAUGAUCUUUUUCAACUUACUACCUAUUGUGUGCAUUCUAAUCAUAUUCAAGACCUACUAGACAGGGCUGG